CCCUUUGUCAAAAUGUUGGGUACCUCUUCGGUAGAAAUAAGAAAAAGUGAAAAACCCUAACAAAACCUCUCUCCAUUGUGGGUUAUCCAAGCUUCGUGUAAGCAACUAUGGCAUCGAUGGAGGUGGAUUUGGGUAUGCUCCCCUUCGACCUUGAUUUUCAUCCGUCAGACCAUCUUGUCGCUACUGGUCUUAUCAGUGGUGAACUUUUUUUGCAUCGUUACACUGCGGAUUCUCAAGUACAAAGGCUGUUCACAGUUAGCGCACAUACUGAAUCCUGUAGAGCGGUCAGGUUUGUCAAUGAUGGACGCGCAAUCCUAACGGGAUCUCCAGAUUGUUCUAUACUUGCUACUGACGUUGAAACUGGAUCAGAAAUUGCUCGUGUGGAGAAUUCUCAUGGUGCUGCUGUUAAUCGAAUCGUCAAUUUAACCGAGUCAACCAUUGCCUCUGGAGAUGAUGAGGGUUGUGUAAAGGUGUGGGAUACACGACAAAAUUCAUGCUGUAGUACCUUUCACAUUCACGAGGAGUACAUCUCAGAUAUUACUUUCGCAUCUGAUUCCAUGAAAUUACUUGUCACAAGUGGUGAUGGGACUCUCUCUGUUUGCAAUAUACGAAGUAGUAAGGUUCAAACUCGGUCAGAGUUUUCAGAAGAUGAGCUGCUUUCUGUUGUGGUUAUGAAGAACGGUAGAAAAGUUAUAUGUGGGACUCAGGGAGGAAUUCUAUUACUGUACUCAUGGGGCUUCUUUAAGGAUUGCAGUGAUCGAUUUGUCGAUUUGUCCCCAAACUCAGUGGAUACACUAUUGAAACUUGAUGAAGACAGAGUAAUCACUGGAUGUGAGAAUGGGCUUAUUAGUUUGGUGGGCAUAUUACCAAACAGAGUAAUUCAACCAAUUGCCGAACAUUCAGAAUAUCCUGUUGAGGGUCUUGCUUUCUCAUAUGACAAGAAGUAUCUUGGGAGCAUCUCACAUGAUCAGACAUUGAAGCUGUGGGAUUUGGAUGAGAUAUUAACAAGUGCUGGAGAUGCCUCAACAAGCCAAGCAGCUGAAGCUGAUAGUGACAGCGGUGACGGGAUGGACGUUGAUGACAGUAUUACGAAAACUUCUAAAGCAACAAAGAAGAACAAUGCUAGUAAAGGGAAAAGCGCGAGCAGCUCAAGUAACUUUUUUGCAGAUUUAUAAGUCACCAUAUAUCUGUAUUUCAGUGCCAAAAGGUAGCACAUGAUGCAUCACAUAAUGCAACAGUCAAUGUGGUGGUGGGCUUCAAAUUUCAAUGCCAUUUGCUUGUUGUAGUAUUUCCGGAAUCUUAUUUAUAAGUGGCACGAUUUUCCAAAUUGUGUGACCAUCACUAACAAAUAGUGCUCUCAGUGCCUCAGUGGUAUUCAACACAAAUAUAUAGUACAUUCAUCUUAUAACUCUCUCCUGUCUCCAAUGCCUGUUUUAUUUGUUAGCAUUCAUUUGACGGAAACAAUAUGCUUUGAAAAGAAAAAUAUUCACUGUCC